CGGGAUCCCCCGAGCAGGGCCGGUCGGAAGGAAGGAGGAGUGCUCUCCGCACAGGACGCUUGUCUUUAUUCUUGCCUCUCUUCGUUUUCCUCACUGCCUUCUCCGUCUGGAGAGGAUCCCUCUCGGGUCCCGGGUUUGAAUCCUGGCGCUUUAGAAUCCCUGGCAAACUCCGCCCCUUUCUCCCCCCGCCCUCUUUCCCCACGGUCCCGGGGCUGCCCCGGCAGCAGGAGGAGCAUCCGUGCGCCCGGGCUCCGCGCGGCUGCAGGUUGAGAAGAGCAGCGAAAGGCUGAACACACCUCGGGACUUGAUGGGACAUUUGCAUGACUCCUAAUUCCACUCUGGAUUUGUCCUUGAAUUAAAGCAGAAAUGUCACAAAUGGCAAAUAUCAAUAUCUGUGCCUCAGGAAAAUCAGACAGUGUGCUAAAUGGAGACAGUGACAAAGAGCAGAAAGAUCCUUAUUUUGUGGAGACUCCCUAUGGUUAUCAGCUGGACUUAGAUUUCCUCAAGUAUGUAGAUGACAUACAGAAGGGGAACACCAUCAAAAAACUUAACAUCCAAAAGAGGCGAAAGCCAGUGCCAUUCUACCCAGGAACCAAGGAUACCCAAGGCCAGCUAGGUGUAUGGGCUUCCACUGAAUCACUCUCCUCUUCUAAUAGCGAGGAUAACAAGCACUGCCCCUCCUUCCUAACAGCCAGGAGCCAAGUCACAGCCUCUCCAGCCACCAGGCCGCCUGCCCCCUGUGAGGCCUCUCCCACUUUCCUUGCCAUCCCAGAAAAUAGACAGCUGCCACCUCCCUCGCCCCAGCUCCCCAAACAUAACCUUCAUGUCACCAAAACUCUGAUGGAGACCCGGAGAAGACUAGAACAGGAGAAGGUCAUCAUGCAGGUGACUUCAGGAGAGUUUCGGAGACCCAGGCUGGCCAGUUUUGGUGGUCUGGGCUCUACAGGCUCCCUGCCCUCCUUCAUGGGGUCUGGAAAUCACAAUCCAGCUGCCCAUCAGCUUCAGAAUGGGUACCAAGGCAAUGGGGAAUACAGCAUUUACACCACUGCCGCGACGACCUCUUCCAUGGGGAGCUCUCUCCGCCACAGCCCAAUGAGCUCUGGGAUUUCCACUCCUGUGACCAACAUAAGCCCGUUGCACCUGCAGCACAUCAGAGAACAAAUGGCAGUCGCCCUGAAACGCCUGAAGGAGCUGGAGGAGCAGGUGAGGACCAUUCCGGUGCUGCAGGUCAAGAUCUCGGUGCUGCAGGAGGAGAAGAGGCAGCUGGCGUCCCAGCUGAAGAGCCAGAGGUCGCCUUCGCAGAACGAGGCCUGCGGCGUGAGGCAGCGCUCCUACAGUGCUGGAAACGCCUCCCAGCUGCCGCAGCUCUCAAGAGUCAGGAGAGGAGGCGGAGGGGAGCUGUACAUAGACUGUGAAGAGGAAGAGAUGGAGAGUGUGGAGCAGAGUACUCAGAGGAUAAAGGAGUUUAGGCAGCUCACGGCGGAGAUGCAAGCCUUGGAGAGGAAGAUCCAGGAUAGUGGCUGUGAGGCCUCUCCAGAGCUCAGAGAAAAUGGGGAGUGCCCGGCCAAAGAGUGCAGGUCUAUUGCUGUGGGGGCUGACGACAGCAUGGAUGACAUUGUCCUGUACCAUAGGUCCUCUCGGCCCUGCAGGGAAGCUGCUGUGGCAACGGAGACAGAAACCAGAGACUCUGGAGUUGGGGUGACAGAAGCGAUGCUCGGCCUCACCACUGAAGCCGAUAAAGAAAUAGAGCUUCAGCAGCAGACCAUAGAUGCUCUGAAGGAGAAAAUCUAUCGGCUUGAGGUUCAGCUCAAGGAAACUACCCAUGACCGGGAGAUGACUAAGUUAAAACAAGAACUACAGGCGGCCGGGUCCAGGAAAAAAGUGGACAAAGCCUCCAUGGCCCAACCGCUUGUCCUCAGCAAGAUGGUGGAGGCAGUGGUACAGACAAGAGACCAAAUGGUUGGUAGCCAUGUGGACGUGAUGGACGCUUGUGUGGGGACUCAGCUACAGACAUGUAGCAUAGGCGUCUCCUGCAAGCCCGAUUGGGAGAAUAAGAUUGUUGGGCCCGAGCUGCCCAUGAACUGGUGGAUUGUGAAGGAGCAUGUGGAAACACGUGACCAAUGUGUUGGAAGGUCUGUGGAGAUCUGUGACAAGAGUGUGGGUGUGGAAACCAGCGUCUGUGUAACGGGCAGCAAUACAGAAGAGUCUUUGGACGAUCGGACUCCUUGUAAGGCACAGUUGGCUAUCAAAGAAGUGCAGUCUGUAGGUUGUGGAGAUUGUUCUAUAAAUGUGACUGUUUGCUCUCCAAAGGAGUAUGAUUCCCGGAGCAUGAAUACAGAGCCUGUUUGCCUGGUGGACUCCUCCGUCAUGGCUGUGCCUCAAACCAUCAACCAGCAUACCACUACAGUAUUGGAACAGGUCAACCAGUCCACCAACACAGAGGUGACGUCUUUGAUGGACUCCAGCACUAACACUUUCCUAAGCACUUUUGACAAACAGACUAAUACCACAACUGUGGAUGUGCGGACUGUGGCGGUCGGGGAGGGCAGAGUCAAGGAUGUCAAUGCUUCCACCAAAAUGCGUUCCAUUGGGGUUGGCACUUUGCUUUCCAGCGAUUCUGGGUUUGACAAGCCAUCUGCUGUGAAGACCAAAGAUUCAGGAGUGGGACAAAUAAACAUUAAUGAGAACUACCUAGUGGGUCUUAAAUUGAGGAAUAUGGCCUGUGGGCCUCCACAGUUGACUGUGGGGUCAGCAGCCAGCCGGAGGAGCGUGGGUGUUGGAGAUGAACCAGUGGGUGAGUUGGUGGAAGGCCCCCCAAAUCAGGCUCCUUCUGAAAUAAUGACUGGUGUAGAUCACUACAUCGAACUUGUGCAGAAGCUCCUAGCAGAGCAGCAAACACUAUUGGCUGAAAACUAUAGCGAACUGGCAGAGGCUUUUGGGGAGCCUCAUUCACAGAUUGGCUCGCUUAACUCACAGCUCAUUAGCACCCUGUCAUCCAUCAACUCUGUUAUGAAGUACACCAGUACUGAAGAGCUAAGGAACAUUGACUUCCAGAGACAGAACGUGGAUAAAAUGGCAGGACAUAACUUGGAAUGUAUAGCUAACAGUCGAGUUACUUCAUCAGUUGUGACUUCAAAUGGUGAGAUCACAACGCAUGAACAAGAGGCUGGGACCACAAAAGGGACAAAGGUUACCGUGGUAGGAGUUAGCUCUGGCCAAGAGUCCUUACUUUCUCAAGACAGGACAUCUCCAGUUAACCUAACAGAUGAUCAGAUUGCUGCUGGCCUCUAUGUAUGUGCCAAUAGUGACAGUACACUUAAGUCUAUUAUGAAGAAAGAUGGGAAAAAGGAAUCCAACAACACAAAAAAGAAUCUUCAGUUUGUUGGCAUCAAUGGAGGGUAUGAAACAACCUCAAGCGAUGAUUCCAGCUCAGAUGAAAGCUCUUCUUCCGAGUCAGAUGAUGAAUGUGAUGUCCUUGAAGAGGAGGAGGAAGUGGAGGAGGACACUCAGGGAAUGGCGGAAGGGCACCAUGCAGUUAAUGUUGAAAGUUUCAGGUCCGUCGGUAUGGAGGAAAAUGAGAUAAAGGUUCAAGAAAACAAACCAGAGAAGGUGGAAAUCAGAGAGAGGUAUGAAUUAAAUGAAAAGAUGCUCUCUGCAUGUAAUCUACUGAAAAAUAACAUCAAUGAUCCUAAAGCCCUGACCAGCAAAGAUAUGCGAUUCUGUCUCAAUACCAUCCAGCAUGAAUGGUUUCGGGUAUCAAGUCAGAAGGCAGCCAUCCCUGCCAUGGUUGGGGACUACAUCGCUGCUUUUGAGGAGGUCUCCCCUGAGGUCCUGCAGUACAUCAUCAACAUGGCCGAUGGCAAUGGAAACACAGCCCUCCACUACAGUGUCUCCCACUCCAACUUCGAGAUUGUGAAGUUGCUUUUGGAUGCCGAUGUGUGUAAUGUAGACCAUCAGAACAAAGCCGGCUACACCCCCAUCAUGCUUGCAGCCCUAGCUGCUGUGGAAGCCGAGAAAGACAUGAGGGUCGUGGAAGAACUUUUUGGCUGUGGAGACGUGAAUGCCAAAGCUAGCCAGGCUGGGCAGACGGCCCUGAUGCUUGCAGUCAGUCAUGGAAGAAUCGACAUGGUAAAGGGUCUGCUGGCCUGUGGAGCAGAUGUCAACAUCCAGGACGAUGAAGGUUCGACUGCCUUGAUGUGUGCCAGUGAGCACGGCCACGUGGAGAUUGUCAAGCUCCUACUGGCCCAGCCCGGAUGCAAUGGGACCUUAGAGGACAACGAUGGAAGCACCGCACUCUCUAUCGCCUUGGAAGCAGGACACAAAGACAUAGCUGUUCUUCUCUAUGCCCAUGUCAACUUCUCCAAACCCCAGUCACCGGGCACACCUAGGCUUGGAAGGAAGACGUCACCUGGGCCUACCCACAGAGGGUCGUUUGAUUAGUGAUGGGCAAGGAUUCCUGCAUAUUUAUGCCACCAUUAAGCUGCUAACUGUUACUGUUUUUAUGGUGACAGAAACUGAAUGUAAAUGUCUUGUGCCUGAACUCACCAGCAAACAGGGAGCAGAAGCCCAAUGUGAAAGGCAGAAAACGUUGAAACUUUAAGAAAGCGAUAGGCAAAGCACCUUGCUGAUUGAUUAGUGCAGGUAAUGCUGUAACUUUUGACCAUUUCUCCACCUAUGUAGGAGCUACCAUCAGCCCAUUCUGUUGCUAUCAAGUCCCUAUGUUCCGUUAUGUACAGUUUUGGGGAAUUGUAAAGUCACCUGAGCAGGCUGCUUUUACAUUCUUCCCCUCCUCACCUGCCCCCAGCCCCAUGACACCCUACAUAGUAUCAUGGUCUCAGUGACAACCCUUUUUUGUCUAGUGGUCAGAUUUUGUGUAUGUGUGGUUUCUUAAAAGAUAUUUAUAUUUACUAAAUGUGGAAUUUGCUGGCAAUAAUUCUCUGAAAUUUCAUUCCAGAAUGAUUUGUUGAUUUUUUUUUCUUUCCGUCUCCAUCAUUUUAAACUAAGAAAAUUGGAAUGGCUUUGGUUGUUUAAGCUCCUUGGGUCUAAGCUGGUGGGUUUCUUCAGAUUUAGGAAUGGAAGGUAGAACUCUCCAAAGUCUAAAACUCACUAAAGAAAAUGUCUACAGUUUGUUAUGUCUAUUGGAUGUAUUAUGUAACUUUUUAUAUAAAAGAUAACUAUAUGAAAUUAAUUCACACAGUAUUUUGAACUUUUAUAUUCUCUAGUAACUAAACACAUGAAGAAUUGUGUAAUAUUACCCUAUUUUUAUUAAUAAUUGCACAUCCCUAUUGAUAGCUAAUGUUUAAAAGUUGAUUUAUGUUAGAGGGAUUGGGAAUAUAUUCAUCUGUAGAGGAAUAUAGUUUAGUUCUGCAUAUUUAUGGAAACCUUUAUAUCAUGUCACACUCACUUUAGGCCUCUAUGUAUUUAAAUGUUUGAAGUGCCUUAGACUCUUGCCAUAUUUUCAAAAUAAAAUUUCAU